GCACACUUGCCACCUUUUAAAAGUGAUCUCUGCAGCAUUCCAGAGCCACUGAAGUAUUCAUCUUGACCUGGAUAGUCAGUUUCUCUGCUAGCACAAAGAAGAUUUUUUAACAUGAACAAGAUCCUUUCAACCACUCUUUGCUUUGGACUCCUAACUUUGUUAUCUGUAAUGAUAUUUUUCGAAUUGGUGCAUGGACGGCCAUAUCUUACCCAAGGAAAUGAAUUGUUUCCAGAUAAAGAAGAUGCAAACCACGAAGAACUAUUGCUGGCUCUACUGAAUAAAAAUUUUGAUUUCCAAAGACCAUCUAGCAUUGAUACAGAACUGACUGGCAAAUUGGAAGAACUUAACCAGCUGGAAAAUCUAAAAGAGCAGCUCGCAGAGGCAAAAGAUUCGGAGAUAUCCUAUGCUAUAGGUGGUCUAUCUUCUUCCCAUCCCAAUAAGCGAGCCUGCUUUUGGAAAUACUGUGUCUGAAGGUUUUUCUCUGGAUACAAAAAGAUAAGAACAUUAGAAAAAGAUACACAUCUACUCACCACUACUUAAAGAUUCUAGCUAUUUGAGCAUAAAGAAAGGAUGACGUUUAUUCUGCAUACUGUAUGCUUAAGGUUUAAGUUGUGAAUGAUGACAAAUCAGUUGCACUUUUGCAUGGCAUGGGUUAUCAAAUGGCCUUGUAGUGCUAAAAUUUACAGUGCUGUAUCUAUUGUAUGCUUUCCGUAGAUUCAUUUUCUACAUAUAAUUUUGCCUGGUGAUGACUCUGAUUUUGAGCUAUCAAUUAAAAUAUUUUAAAAAGUGGGGCACCCAGUUGGCUCAGUCGGUUGAGCCUCCGACUUCGGCUCAGGUCAUGAUCUCACGGUUCGUGAGUUCUAGCUCUGUAUGGGGCUCACUGCUGUCAGGACUGUCAGCAUGGAGCCUGCUUCAGAUCCUCUGUCUCCCUCUCUCUCUAUCCCUACCCCGUUUGUGCUAUCUCAAAAAUAAAUAAACACUAAGAUAAAAAAAUAUUUUAAGGGUGCCUGGGUGGCUUAGUCAGUUAAACAUCCAACUUCAGUUGAGGUUAUGAUUUCAGGGUUUCUGAGUUCAAGCCCCACAUUGGGCUCUGUGCUGAUAACUCAGAGCCUGGAACCUGCUUCAGGUUUUUUGCCUUUCUCUCUCUCUGCCUCUCCCCUCUCACGCUCUGUGUCUCUCUCUCAAAAUUAAAUAAACAUUAAAAAAUUUUUUUAAAAAGUAUUUUAAAAAUCAUCUUGGAAAUUAAAAUAAAUUUAAUUGUAUCAACUUAUGGAAAAAAUAUGCAUCAUUGUCCUUUCUCUUUCUUAUGAUUGUGCUAACUACUAUCUCUUUUCUGUUCAUUUGGACAAUUGUCACUGAAACUACUACAACCAAAUGAAUACAUUACGGGGAGCAGAAAUAUAUGGUUUAUUAGACUCUGGAAGAAAGUACUAUUAGAUGUCUCAGAGAUAGAAAACUUUCUUAUAAAACAAUUUGCCUUUUGGUUUCUUAAUUCUCAUCUAUGUCUCCUCCACAGCAUCAUGAACUAUUUGAGACUCAGAAUGUCUAUAAGAGAUUA